ACUCUAAUUCUAAUAUCAAUCUGAGAUAGUUAAGAAAAAAAAAAGUCAAACAACAUAUGGCGUUGUGGUGGGCGGCGGUGGUGUUAGUCCUGAUGGUGGGGGGCUGUGCUGCUGGGGGAUCGUAUACCGAUGAUGAGAAGGUGAUCAUCAGACAAGUAGUAGACCACUCAUCUGGCGAUCAACUACAUGAGAUGGAGACUCGUGUUCUCAAAAUUAUUGGUCACACUCCUCACGCUCUCACCUUUGCUCGUUUCGCUCACAGGUAUGGAAGGAAAUAUGAAAGUGGGGAGGAUGAGAUGAAGCGAAGGUAUUCUAUAUUUGUAGAUAGUUUGGAGACCAUCCGAUCACAUAAUAACAAGGGCCUCCCUUACACUCUUGGACUCAACGAGUUUGCUGAUAUGACAUGGGAAGAAUUCAGCAAAGACAAACUCGGAGCCGCCCAACACUGCUCUGCUACUAAAAAGGGCAAUCACAAACUCACUGAUGUUGUCCUUCCUUUGGCGCAAGAUUGGAGGAAAACAGGAAUUGUGAGCCCGGUCAAGAAUCAAGGAUCAUGUGGAUCUUGUUGGACAUUCAGCACAACUGGAGCCCUUGAGGCUGCUUAUGCCCAAGCAUAUGGGAAGUCAGUUUCUUUGUCUGAGCAACAACUUGUAGACUGUGCCGGCAAUUUUAAUAACUUUGGCUGCAAUGGUGGGUUGCCUUCCCAAGCUUACGAGUACAUCAAAUACAAUGGUGGGCUUGACUCUGAGGAAGCAUAUCCUUAUACUGGAAAAGACGGUGCUUGCAAAUACUCAUCCGAGAAUGCUGCAGUCCGUGUCCUUGAUGCCGUCAACAUCACCAUGGGUGCUGAGGAUGAAUUAAAGCAUGCGGUGGGUGUUGUUCGUCCAGUGAGUGUGGCAUUUCAGGUGAUUUCGAACUUCAGACUUUACACCGGAGGAGUUUUCACAAGUGACAACUGCGGCAGUGAUCCCAUGGAUGUGAACCAUGCGGUUGUUGCCGUUGGAUAUGGUGUUGAAGAUGGUAUUCCAUACUGGCUCAUUAAGAACUCAUGGGGAGCAGAUUGGGGUUUGAACGGUUACUUUAAGAUGGAGAUGGGCAAAAACAUGUGUGGUGUGGCAACGUGUGCAUCGUACCCUAUUGUUGCCUAGACAUCUCCAUCAGAUGGAUGCCUAUAUUGAAUCAAACCAUUCCGUUUCCAUGGACAAGGUCCUUUGUAAAAAAAAGCAUUAUAUUGUCAACUUGUAUUAACUAAUUAAUGGUCCGAAUAUGUGAGUAAGGUGUGAACUUUCAUACAUAAAUGGGGUGAUCCUAUGAAAGCGUAUUUGUAAAUCUUCUCUGGUAUGCAAAAAGAAGCACACAAGUAUAUAUGAUAUGCAGUUAUUUUGUACUUCA